AUGCAACAAGAUUCAAAUAGCACUUUUGAGGUAACCACUACUUAAUAGCAGUAUUAAGUUCCUCUGCAAAUUAAUUCAUAGCAAGGUACAUCUAAUUUCUUCUCUAUAACAAGGUUAUGUAUAAUCAAAUAACAAUUAUCCCUCCUAGCCAUAGUAUCCACAAUAAAAUGUUAGAGUUUAAGGUUCUCCAUGUAAGUUCUAAUGUAAUUAUAUUAUAGAUCCAGGUUAGUAAGAAUUGGUUGUAGUAAAUACGUAAAUGGGGAAUGCUACAUAAUCAUAACUCCUUUGUAAUCAAUCAAGAUUUCCUGUACCAUUGACAUGUCCUUAUUGCCAAAGAUAAGGAGCAACCAAAAUUGAUUAUUAAACAGGAUCUGGAACAUGGUGUUGUUGCUUCAUAUUAGCAUUAUUCAUCUGUUGUAUUUGCUGGGUACCUUUUGUGGGUGAAAAAUGUAAAGAUGUAACUCACUAAUGUCCACACUGUGGAUAGGUUGUUGGUAUGUGUCCAUAUAAAGUUUGUGGAUGA